AUGAGCCGAGGCUCUUCUGUCUGGGUGGAUCAUUCUUGGCUUGACCAGCAAUUUCAGAAUGGUCUUUUCAACUUUGCCGAUGGGGCUUCCAUCGAUCGCCUGCUAGAUUCCGUUUGCCCCCUCAACCGUCUCCCGGGGUUGUUGUUGUUGUUGACGCAACAUAUCCGCCUUCUUUGUUCGAAGUCUCAUGCAAGGAAAGCUUGGCGGGAAGCUGUUCAAGCCGGCGUGUUUCCCAUGAUCAAGAUGAAGGUACCCACACAGCUCAAGGGCAAGUUCGCGAUCUUCCAGGGAACUCGCAACAUCACGCCAUUGCCGACUCUAAUCAUCGGGGCUGGUUUGGGUGGCAUCUGCCUCGCUCAUGCGCUCAAGAAGAGGAACAUUCCUUUUAAACUGUUUGAGAGGGACGAGAAGGGCCUCGCUCGUGACCAGGGGUACAGGCUUCGAAUCACUCAGCAUGGUAUAGACGCAUUGAAGGAAUCGCUAGCCCCCGACCUGUUUACUCUUUUUGAGCGAACCUGCGCCGGUGCGCCCACAAUUGGGGUUCGCGUCAAGCCAGAUGGAUCUCCCAUACCUGCUCCAUCGGGCUUCGGCCCACCCGCCCGCGCUCAGGCUCAAGCUUACACUGUCGAUCGAUCGGUCUUUCGAGAGGCACUCCUCCGUGAGCUGGAGGGAGACGUCUUCUUCGGGAAGUCCUUUGAAAGGUAUUCCCUGCAUGAUGAUCGAGUGACAGCGACUUUUGCGGACGGAACUUGCGAAGAUGGCCAUCUAUUGAUUGGUGCGGAUGGAGUUCGAUCUCGGGUUCGCAAGCAGCGGCUUCCUGCGUUUGAAGGCUUAGACACCGGCAUGCGAAUUAUCUAUGGGAAGACGCCUAUGACUCCAGAGUUUACUAAGAGGCUUGCGGAGGAGUACCGACAGGGAAUGAGUCUCGCCCUUGAUCCGCAAGACCCGUCUCAACUGUGCGUCUUGUUUGAGUCCAUCUACUUUCCUCGUGCGGGUGAAGUCGCCAGUUUCAAGCUGCCUGAUCCCUACAUGUACUGGGUUCUCUGCAUCGAGCGAUCACGUCUGGGCGGGGUUGGACGUAAUGGGUGGCACGCCACUCCCCAGGACUCGAUGGCCGUGUCACUUAAGCUCACGCAGUUCUGGAAUUCCUCUCUCCGGGUCAUCUUUGAGAUGCAGGAUCCGACUCAAUCUGCGAUGAGAACAAUCCUGUCUGCUCCGCCUGAGAUCAAGCCUUGGGAACCUUCUCGUCGAGUCACUCUGCUCGGCGAUGCUAUUCACGUUAUGCCCCCGACCGGGGCUAUGGGUGCAAACACUGCCUUGCGGGACGCGGCUGAUCUCGCGCGACGCAUUGCCCACGUGGGCGGGCUUGGGGGAGUCGAUGGGGCCCUCAUUGGAAAUUACGAGGCGAGCCUGCGUGAGUUUGCGAAGUCGGCCAUCGAGCUGAGCUUUGAAGGCGGUAGGAAAAGCUUCGGACUGGGUCCUGUUGAGCAGUGCAAGAAGAUUUUACUUUGA